AUGGGAGAAUCAAAAAGUAAUGAGGUUUUGGGCUUUCGAGAUUUUGAGUACUUUAAUAAGGCAAUGCUUGCAAAGCAGUUUAGGAGAAUGCUGAAGCAACCUAAUUCCUUAGUUGAUAAGGUGCAGCAACUUAUUGACAUUGAAGAUGGGGUGUGGAAGAAGGAUCAGACCUCUGACACUUUUAAUAGUGAGGAAGCUAAAACUAUUUGUGAUAUCCCCUUGAGUAAAUGGGAAACAAUGGACAGAUUGAAGGCAGCUCAUAACUUGUUACCUACAAAACUAAACCUGUUUAAGAAACAAAUCACUGAAUUUGAUUGCUGUCCAAUAUGCGAGAGGGAACCUGAAACAAUUAUGCAUGUUGCGUGGAGUUGCCCAGCUGCCUUAGAUGUUUGGGCUGAGAAUGACAGUCCAAUGAACAAAUGGUACAGUUCAGAUGUUGUGUUUGUGGAUUUGUGGGGGAAACUCAAUGCUUUUCUCAAAGAAGAAGAGGUUGAGGUGGUAGCUUGUAUUAUGAGAAAGAUAUGGAUGAGAAGGAAUUCACUGCUAUUUGAAAAGAAAUUUGAUCACCCGAGGACUAUAAUUUUUGCUGCAACACAGGGACUAAGGGACUUCAAGCUUGCCCAGGACCAACUACAGAAAACUCCAAUGCAAGGGAAUGCUGAAUGA